CAGGCGGACGGAGAGGAGACGAGCGUGUGCGUGCGUGUUUGGGGUCUUUUUUUUUUUAGUCCGUGGUGACAAAUCGACUCCGAGAAUGGUCUCGUCGUAUCCUUUACCGGAGGGCUUCUCCGAGUUUGAUGUCUUCUCCCUGGGAUCGUGCCUUCUGGUCGAGGGUCUGAUGGGGUUCUUCUUAAACGCGGUCACCAUCACCGCUUUCCUCAAAGUGAGAGAGCUGAGGACCCCAAGCAAUUUCUUGGUGUUCAGUUUAGCCAUGGCCGACAUGGGCAUCUCCAUGAACGCCACCGUUGCGGCUUUCUCCAGCUUCCUCAGGUACUGGCCGUAUGGCUCUGAGGGAUGUCAGACUCACGGAUUCCAGGGUUUCAUGACGGCUCUCGCCAGCAUCCACUUCAUCGCUGCCAUCGCCUGGGACAGAUAUCACCAGUACUGCACAAGGACAAAGCUGCAGUGGAGCAGCGCCGUCACUUUGGUCAUCUUCAUCUGGCUCUUCAGCGCCUUCUGGUCGGCCAUGCCUCUCAUCGGCUGGGGCGAGUACGACUACGAGCCCCUCAGGACCUGCUGCACUUUGGACUACAGCAAGGGCGACAGGAAUUACGUCUCCUAUUUGAUCCCCAUGACCGUUUUCAACAUGAUCGUCCAGGUGUUUGUCGUUAUGUCCUCCUACCAGUCCAUUGCACAGAAAUUCAAGAAGACUGGAAACACAAAGUUCAAUCCAAAUACUCCCCUUAAAACCAUGCUGCUGUGCUGGGGACCCUACGGCCUACUGGCCUUCUACGCUGCAGUGGAGAACGCUAACCUGGUCUCACCCAAGCUGAGGAUGAUGGCCCCCAUCCUGGCCAAGACCUCCCCCACCUUUAACGUUUUCCUGUACGCUUUGGGGAACGAGAACUACCGAGGAGGAAUCUGGCAGUUCCUCACUGGGGAGAAGAUCGAAGUGCCUCAAGUUGACAACAAGUCCAAAUAAACUGCUGAUGUUGCACAGUCAUUUCAUUUGUGGUGGUAGUGGUUCACUUCAGGGUCACUUCCUGUUUAAUAUUAGGACUUAAUUGUUGUCAUUUUAAUGGGUGAAUCUUUAUCCUUAUUACCAGAGUAUUAUCAUAAUUACCACUUUAUUGUAUUAAAUCUAAGGAAAUUACAAAAACUGUACUCUAGUGAUGUAGUGAGGAUGUAUUGCAAAUUCAGGUUGUACCUAAAAUGUACCUAAAAAUAUUUACAACAAAAAAAAAGUUAUUGUUGAAAUGUACAUUUGACGGGGAUUCUUUCACACUUAUUGACUCUCCUUCCAAAAUAAUCCAGAUAAAUAAGCUGUUUAUCUAUUUUAGCAAUGAACGGGGUGCGUGUCGCUGACAAGAGGUCACGCUCCAAAGGUCACGCUCCAAAGGUCACGCUUGACCUGUGUGUCUAUUUUGCAAUAAUCACAGAAAACAAGACGACUCUUAUUCCACGACACUCCCCUCGAGACACGAAUCAGAGAUUAGUCAACUCCAGAUUACGACCACAUGUCGACACACUUGCACAGAAGUUUCCAUCUCACCGCAAACACAAUCUUGGACGAUGACAUAAAUGCUUAAUCUAUUUUCAAUGUUUGAAUUGCUCCUCAUUAACGUGAAUUGUUCUUUUGAAUGUGCAAAUAAUGACAUAUUCCUCUCUUUACAGUUUUGUAUCGUUGGUUAUCAUAUAAUCACUAUUCCGACAGUAGGUUUCAAAAACCAACAGACUGUGUAUCAGCCGUGUCGUGAUUAGCACACGUUGCGCCUUUUGAUUUCUUUUUCCUCCUGACAUUUUCUUUGGUCCUCCCUGAUCUAUGUUCUGUUUCUAAACCUGAUUUAACAUGACAACAAAUGAUGCAAU